GUGUGCUCUUACGAUCUCGCGUAGUUACAUUGUGUUCAUCUUUAACGUCAUUGCCGUUUACUCGCGUUCUAGAAAAUGUUUUCCACCAUAUUUUUAUUAUUUGUUAUUGCAGUCAUUAUUGCAUUUGCUUUUCAUUAUUACCUACAUUAUUCAAGAGCUGGACGAUUGAUCAAUCAAAUACCGGGACCGAAGCUCCUUCCGGUUAUUGGAAAUUUAUUGUUAUUACAAGUAUCAAGAGAGGGAAUCUGGCACCUUCUCCGUCGCCUUGCGAGACAAUAUUAUCCCAUUUAUAGGUUUUGGGGUUUGCAUAUAAACUUUGUAUCCAUCCGUCAUCCAGAUGAUAUGGAGGUAAUAUUAAACAACACGAAGCACAUUGAAAAAGGGAUAUUUUAUAAUUUUCUGCAUUCUUGGUUAAACAAUGGGCUUCUUACUAGUACAGGUGCCAAGUGGCAUUCUCGGCGGAAAAUGUUAACACCUGCAUUCCAUUUCAAUAUACUACGAGAAUUCUUUAAUAUUUUAACUGAAGAGGGUGAACGUAUGGUGCAGAAAUUAAAAAACGACGGGGUAGUUGAAAUGAAUCUCGAACCAUUUAUUUCUGAACAUACGCUAAACAUAAUAUGUGAAACUGCCAUGGGUACUUCUUUGCACAGUCUCGGUGAAGCUCAAGUAAAAUAUCGACAGGAGGUUCGCGAAAUGGGUCGGUUCUUUAUGUAUAGACUCAUGAACCCCUGGUUUACUAACGAUACGUUAUUCGCAUUAUCGCCUGAGGGCAGAAAACACAAGAAGACAGUACAAAAUUUACAUGGAUUUACUGAAAAAAUAAUUGCGGAAAGAAAAGCUUAUCACAAACUCACCAACGAUAAGUAUUUAUACAAUAUUAUAAAUAAAGAUGCGAUGGAAACAGAUAACGCAGAAAUAGAUACAACUCAAAAAAAGCGACUCGCCAUGUUAGAUCUUCUAAUAUUAGCUUCGCGGGAAAAUCAUUUGAGUGAUUUGGAUAUCAGAGAGGAAGUGGAUACUUUCAUGUUUGAAGGUCAUGACACAACAUCGUUGUCUAUAUGUUUUACUCUAUUACUGCUAGCGGAACACAAGGAUAUUCAGGAUCGCGUCAGGGAGGAAGUCAAUACAGUGAUGAAAGAGUGUGAAGGAAAGUUGACUAUGACGUCGUUGCAGAAUUUAUCAUAUUUAGAAAGAUGUUUGAAGGAAUCAUUGCGGCUGUACCCCAGCGUGCAUUCCAUAGCACGAAUCAUUGCCGAUGAUGUGAAAUUACGCGAUUCAUAUGUAAUACCGCGCGGAACAAUGGUACACCUUAAUAUCUAUGAUGUUAAUAGAGAUCCCAAUUUCUGGCCGAAUCCCGAUGUAUUCGAUCCAGACAGAUUCUUGCCUGAAAAAACGAAAAAUCGUCAUCCUUAUUCGUAUCUGCCAUUCAGCGCGGGACCACGGAAUUGUAUAGGCCAACGAUUCGCUAUGUUGGAGUUGAAGGUCAUAAUAGCUCUUCUCGUGCACAAUUUUUACUUGGAACCUAUCGAUUAUCUAAAAGAUACCCGGAUAAUUAUUGAUCUAAUUCUUCGUUCUUACCAUAUGAAUAUGCGAUUUAUCCCAAUAGAAAACGCACGUGCUUGAAGUAAGCACGGAUUCUAUGAGUGUAAAAAACGAAUGUAAAUACAUCGCUAAAAUUAAAGAAUUGUCGAUUUUACCAUAAUACACACACACACACACACAUUUUGUGUAUAUUUGCUUUUCUAUGGGCGCGCACGCACGUGUGUGUGUGUGUGUGUGUGUGCGUGUGUGUGUGUGUCUGAAUUAAAUAUUACGAUUAUAUAGCCUAUGUUUUAUACAUAUAAAUAUUAUAAAUAGAUAUAAGUGAAUAAUGUAUGCUCAAUAAAAGAUUAUAAUAUCAUA